UUUAAGGGCUAUGUUCCCGUUCGGUUAAUCCCUAUCCGAAAGAUAGGAGUAGUUAUUAAACGUUCCGACUUACAGGAAAUACAGCGAUGACUUGUGAUAAGAUUGAAAAGGAGGUGCGCCUGGUGCUGUUCCUUGCCCGGCUACGCUUCCCACGCUAUCCUGGCUACUUCUUCCCGGUGUACGUGCUGCUGCAGGGAAUCCGGAAACUGCGGUACGAUCUCAAGCUACGAUCGCUGGAUUUCUGUCUACAACCCAUACCGAACACCUGGCUAGAACGGUUGCAAGCGGAUCAGCUGGUCCACUCCGAGCACACACUGUUCGUGUCGCCGAUCGUGUUCCGGGAGUACGUAGUGGAACGUGAAAUCAACUGGAUCAACCUGGUGUUGAAGGUGGCGAUGCCGGCGGCCACAAAUGGUCCACAGGACAAGGGCUUAGUUUCGAUGAUUCUCAACAAACAGAACGUUUCGUUGCUGUGCCAAAUAUGUCCUCUUCCGGGCGUACCAGUUAACGCGCUGUGGGCGAAGGAGAAUUUGAUCGAAAAUCUGCGGGAACGGUAUCAGCGUGACGAUGGUCACUCGUUCCGUGGCCGUUUGCAACGCAUCACGGACGGGCAGCAUUUGCCAGAGAUUGUCGCAAAAGCCAACAUCUUCAUCUACCAAACACCGUACGAUCUUAGCUCGGACAUGGUCGAUUACAUAUUGGGACGGUACUUUGAGACUCCGCGACUACUGUACCGUAAUCACACCUACCAGGUACCGCUGACGGAGCGCUUCCUGGGAAACACCUUCUUUACCAAACAUUUUGCCAUUCUGGCGCAUAUGAAGGCCCUUUGGUUCAAGUGUUUGAACCUGGAUUCGACGGCCGGUACGUUCGAGAUGAGCGGAAUCGCUUGCAAAGGACUCACGACGCUACAGCAGACAACGACCUAUAAUAACUUCCUGCUACCUGAACGCCUCGAUGCAACCGCACGCCGACCACGCUGUCCGUAUGGGUUGCGGAAGCAUUUCGAUUCGCUGCACUCUUCGCUGCGUGCCUAUCUGCGGAUGGAGGGGAACGCACUUAUCCGGAAUGGUAUCUGGCCCGUGUUUAUGUUGCGCGGUGAACGAGGCAUCGGAAAGCGUGCCGUCCUUAAUGCCGUGGCCAGUGCACUCGGUAUUCCAAUCUACACCGCGGAUUGCAGCGAAAUUAUGACCUCGAUAAGCUCGCAAACAGAAACGAAACUAAGUAGCGCCUUCGGCAAGGCCAAAGUAUGCGAACCGCUGAUCAUUUGUUUGGAAAACUUCGAAGUGUUUGGCGUCGAUAAUGAGGGCAACGAGGAUCAGCGUAUUACAGGCUCGUUCCAGGCCGAACUAGCGACCCUCUUCGGACGCCAGUACAACCAUCCCGUGGUGGUCGUUGCGUUAGCGAACCAGAAAGAAUCAAACACACCCAAGCUCACCUCGCUGUUUCUGGAGGUGAUCACCUUUCAACCACCCACCGCUUCGGAACGGUUGAGCAUGCUACUCUGGAUUGCGCUCGGCCAGAGCCACCGUCUAGCUAGUAGCGGUCUGUCUAAGAUUGCUGAGCAAAGCCAAGGCUUCACCUUAUCCGAUCUGGAACUGCUUUACGGGAAUGCACUAGAGACAUGGCGGCAAUCUGCGGACGAACGCUUACAGGUGUCACAUUUUGAGACCUGUCUCGAAAAAAUGCAAUCUUCCUUCUCCGAUAGCCUCGGUGCCCCGCGGGUACCACGGGUACUGUGGUCAGAAAUCGGUGGUCUAGCCAAGCUGAAAUCGGAAAUACAAAACUCGAUCGGGCUCCCGCUGCGCCAUAAACAUUUGCUAGGACGAAAUAUGCGGCGUUCCGGCAUUCUCCUGUACGGUCCACCCGGCACCGGUAAAACGCUGAUAGCGAAAGCGGUCGCCACCGAAUGCAACCUGAGCUUCCUGUCCGUGCAGGGUCCCGAACUGUUAAACAUGUAUGUCGGACAGAGUGAGCAGAACGUGCGGGAAGUGUUCGAUCGAGCGCGGACCGCUUCACCGUGUGUCCUGUUUCUGGACGAGCUGGAUUCAUUGGCCCCGAACCGAGGAGUGAGCGGCGAUUCGGGAGGCGUAAUGGAUCGCGUUGUUUCACAGAUGUUGAGCGAGAUGGAUGGCAUCUCAAAGGAUCCGGCCCAGCAGAUCUUCAUACUGGCCGCCACCAAUCGACCGGAUUUGAUUGAUCCGGCACUGUUGCGACCGGGCCGGUUCGAUAAGCUGCUGUACGUGGGUCCGAGCAGCACGGUUGAGGAGAAGGAAAGUGUGCUGCAAGCGGUGACCGGUCGAUUCCGGUUAGCGAGCGAUCUUACGCUCAAAAAAAUUGCCGAAAGCCUACGCCAGGACAUGACGGGAGCAGACAUGUACUCAAUCUGUUCAAACGCUUGGCUAAGUGCGGUCCGGCGUACGGUGAAGGAAGCGAUAGCCGGAGAUGCCAUCGAUGAAAGACUCGGCGCGGAUCAGGUGAUCGUCGGCGAGGAAGACUUCCGGGAAGCGAUCAAGAAAUUCAUCCCCUCGAUCAGUCCCACCGAUAUGGCGUACUUUAAUCGAUUGAAAGGAAACUUCGGAACGUAACAGAGCUGGAAGAGCUUGCAAACGGGUUACCAUCCGUUUGGAUGGGGUUUUUGGGACGGGCAGGUGCACUGGUGAUUGGGAACUCCUACUGGUUUUUUAAAUGAUGGAAAACGCGUUGUUAUGUAGUUGUAGUAGGUUAAUAAAUUUGUGUAGCUAGUAAACUACUUCAAAUACUGAAGACCUGUCCCAUUCAAUCGGAUGUAUCGG